ACACCCUCUUCUCUCCCACUCUCACCUAUUGAAAACACAAACCCCUGACGUCAGUCACCGGCGAAACAAUCGAUCGUCGUAUAUAUUUUUUUGUUUGUUGUUAUUAUUUAGAAGGGUUGAAAAAGGGCCGAAUCAAGUGACCAUGGGAGAUGUAACAAUUGUGGGCGAUCUUAAUUUGGGAAAGGUGUGUCGCGUCUGCCUUGAAGAAUCUGCAGGUGAUAUGCAUUCAGUCUUCAGCGAACUCACCACAACCUCUGGAGACAAUUUCCAGGAUUCAAACUUGGUUUACCAACUACUCACAAGCAUAUCAAACAUGAAGGUUGAAUGUAACGAUGGUCUACCUGGUCUGAUUUGCACUGGCUGUUUGGAACUUGCGCUGACCUCAUACAGCUUCCAGCAAAAGUGCAACAGAACACAAUCAUUGUACGAUGAGUACUGCUCUAGUCGUCUGAAUGUUAUUGUUGAUGAUAUUUUGGAUGAGGAGCUGAAAGUGGAUGAAUUCAGUCUGCUGUCUGUCCUGGGUGCUGACACUGGGUUCGACGAUUUGCCGACUGCAGCUGAUGGUGAGAGUCUGGUGGAUAUUGAGGAGUUCAACACUGAACUAGAACAGAUGACGAAGGUAAUUGAUGAUGAUGAUGAUGGUAAUGAUGAGGUUGAGGAUGAAGAGGAGGAGGAGGAGGCUACAGUAGAGAAGAAAGCAAAAGAUAGAUACAGGUGCACAGAGUGUAAUAAGAGUUACAAGUUUAAGAACAGUUUGAGGUUGCACAUGAAGAACCACAGUGAUGAGAAGGCAUACAAGUGCACACUCUGCGGAAAGGCCUUCAAGCAGCCCACCUCACUGUCUGCCCACUUCAGGAGUCACGAAGGAGUGCAGCCACACAAGUGCGAGGUCUGCGGCAAGAAGUACAGACAGACAGCAACCCUGAAUGCACACAUGCGGGUGCACACAGGACACAGACCAUUCCUGUGCACCAUCUGCGGCAAGGGAUUCAGGCAAGCCCCCGAUUUGAACUAUCACAUGAGGACUCACACGAAGGAAAAACCGUACAUGUGCAACGUCUGUGGUAAAACAAUGACGAUGCAAUGCCACUUGGUGAUGCACAUGAGGACGCACACGGGCGAAAGACCAUACGAAUGCGAAAGCUGCAAGAAAAGGUUUCCUUCGGUGUCCCGUCUCAAGAGGCACGCCAUAAUACACACCGGUCUGAAACCCUUCACCUGCGACAUCUGCAACAAGUCAUUCAACAGGUCGAGCACCCUCAAGGUGCACGUAAAAAUACACAGCGAGGAACGACCGCACGGAUGCCCCAUCUGCGAAAAAAGAUUCAUACAACCGAACACACUCCGGAGUCACGUUGCAAGCGUGCACAGCGCCGAAACGACUAUCCCGCCAUCUCCGAUAUAAAACAACUAUCGAUAUUACAUAUAUAUAUAUUGACUUUUUCCCUUUACGUUUCAGGUAAUGUAUAAUUAUAGAAUAUAAUAAUAACAAUAAUACGAAGAUAUGAAUAUACAUUAUUUUGGUUAUGUUAUAAGGUUUAAAUCUCACAUGUUAAAUUCCAAUUCAAUCAUUAUCAUAUGCAUACAUUGAUGUAUUAAUUAAUUAGUUAUUGCAACUGUUACAAACAUACCUAUUCACUUACUUACUUAAUUACUUAAUGCAUACAUAGAAAAAUACUGAAAAAAUAUAUAUAU